AUGUCAACCGCCAGCACUCCGUCCCUACGCACGCUCUACCGCCGCAUCCUGCGCGAACUCCCACCAACGCCUCAACCACGCCACACUUUGCCUCGAUCGCCCAUCCACGCCUCGAUCCGCUCGCACCUGCAGCAGCAGCAGCAGCAAACUGGGAACACUUCCACCGGGGCAACCCCCGCUGGGGCCGCCGUGACGGACCAACAACUCGCCCGCCUGCAAGAGCUCGAGCAGUUCGUCAUGUACCUGCGCGCCCAGAGGAUGUACGGCACGCUGCUGCAGAGGUAUAACCCGGGGAUGGGCAUGGAUGAGGAGGAGAGGGUGCGGUUGACGGCGAGGCGGGUGGGUAUGGAUUUGCCGGUUGAGUAUGAGUGGAAGAUGAAGCGGUGA